AUGUCAACACCAAAAGUUAUUAUAGUAUCAUCAGAUGAUGAAAAAUUUCCAGUUGAACAAAAAGUAGCAGAAAAAUCAAUAUUAAUUAAAAAUAUGAUUAAUGAUUUAAAUCCAGAUGGAUUAACUGAAGAUUUUGAAAUUCCAACUCCAAACGUUAGAGCAAAUGUUUUAUCAAAAGUUUUAGAAUGGUGUGAACAUCAUAAAAAUACUGUUUUUCAAGAUGAUGAAGAUGAAGAUGCUAAAAAAUCAGUACCUGUUGAAGAAUGGGAUAGAAAUUAUUUAAAAGUUGAUCAAGAAAUGUUAUAUGAAAUUAUUUUGGCUGCUAAUUAUUUAAAUAUUAAACCUUUAUUAGAUUCUGGUUGUAAAAUGGUUGCUGAAAUGAUUAAAAGUAAAAGUCCUGAAGAAUUAAGAAGAACUUUUAAUAUUGUUAAUGAUUUUAGUCCUGAAGAAGAAGCUGCUAUAAGAAAAGAAAAUGAAUGGGCAGAAGAUAGAUAA